AUGGCUGGCAUCUUUCUGCUCCUGUCGUUAUGCGUGGUCAUGGCAUUGGCCUCGUUCCUUGCCGGAGCCUUGCCGCUGUCCAUGACGCUGUCGCAUUCGCAGCUACGUCUCAUCUCGAGCAUCGGCGUCGGAGUCCUCGUAGGGACUUCCCUCAUCGUCAUCAUACCAGAGGGCAUCCAAGCGGCCGUUACGCCGGCUUCGUCGUCCCACGCCCAUCGCGCACGGAGUCUUGCGCAAAGGGCGCCGUGGAAACUAGCGAUCGAGGAGCGAUAUGAGCCCACCUUGGCUCCCGCAGCGAGCAUCGAUCUACGACGAGACAUGCACGGCGAGCAAGGCCACGCAGAGAUUCCGGCGUUUGAAGUUGGCUUCUCCAUGGUUCUGGGAUUCGUCCUCAUGUUCCUCAUUGACAGGCUGCCCAGGCACGCGACGGAGACUUUCCAAUCCGGGCCCCAGACGACGCACAUGAGCCUCGACAGUCUAGGGGUGGACGGGGCCCUGGCUGACGACGAGGCCGACGGGUUCCUCGGCUCCCUGACGCCGACGCCCCGGCGGGCUCGCAGCCUGGCGACUACCAUUGGCUUGGUGAUUCACGCGGCGGCUGACGGCAUUGCCAUGGGCGCAUCGUCGGCAACGUCCAACAUGAAGCUCGGGCUCAUCAUCUUUAUUGCCAUCAUGAUCCACAAGGCCCCGGCCGCCUUUGGCCUGACAUCGGUGCUUCUCCGACAGGGACUGUCGAAGCGGGCGGCCAGAGGCCAUCUGAUUGUCUUCAGCAUGGCCGCUCCGGUGGGCGCGCUGGCGACGUGGCUCUUGAUCAAGCUGCUCGGUGGCGAUGACCUCGGGGAUGCCCAGGGGCAGUGGUGGACGGGCAUGUUGCUGCUUUUCUCGGGCGGCACCUUUUUAUAUGUCGCCAUGCAUGCCAUGGAAGAGGACGGGACAUCGCACAGCCACGACCACGGCUCAGGAGCCAACGGCAUGGGGGAUGCAUGGCGAGGCCGUUGCUCGAAUCUCGACGGCGGCACCUACGAUAACGGUGGCCCUGCGUAG